CAUUCCAUAGAAAUCAUAGCGCUUAAUGAUCUGAGAAGUACACUUUCUGUACGCUCUCUUGAAAUUGCUGGACGGUACAAGAUCAAAUGUAAUGUGAAAUAGUAUAAUUAUUUGUUGAUAAGUUUAUUUAUAGUACACGGUUUGGUUAAUGAGCGUCGGUUACAAAAACUCAGAGAAGCCCUCAUCACCACCGGGAAAUUCAUCACUUUCAUCUUCCUGCUGGCUCAAUGGAUGGAAUGUGCUGUAAGAGUAGGCAUUUCUGGUCUGAAAGAGGAUUACAUUGAACUGGCAGUAUUACACAGAACACUGUUUUGUCAUAGUACAAAUGCAUAUUUUGAAGUUGUGCAUUGGAUGUGCAUCAUACUUUGCUGUUGUUCACUAACGUCAUUAUCUUCUCCGAAAUCACACUUAGAAUAACUAUGGUAGCUUGUUAGCAUUAGCACAGCUAACCGAGCCUGUUUAGCGCGUUCACCCAGUGCAAUGAUGGACUACACACACACAUCUGUUAAGCUAGCUUUAUUGAAUGUCGGAUACGAUGGAUAAUAUAAAACUCUACUUUUUCGAGUAGGUGUAUUUUGGGGGCAUUAUUUGUAUAUCUUUAGAUACGCAAGGUGGCAUUGUUGGUUAACAAUGGCGGCAUGUUGUAUUUAUCAUAACGUUAUUAGUACUGGACCUAGAACUAACGUAACGCUUUUAGAGGACGGCAACGCGCUAAUCCUUGAUGUUUUAACUAGUUGCUGUCUGUGUGAGUUAGGUGGUUGACUAGCGAGAUAGGUCCAGAUUCCCAAAACGGAGAGAAAUCAAAAAAAUUAUAGCCACAUCAUCGUGUUUCGUUUAAAUCAUGAACAAUUGCGAAUACCAGCAAAUCGACCCGCAGGCACUUUCAACGCCCAUACCAACCCCGACCCUACCGCAGCCAACCGUUGUUGUGGAGAAGGAGAAAAGGGAGAAGGCACGGAAAAAAUGGGAAGUUUUUCCGGGCAAGAAUCGCUUCUACUGCGACGGACGGAUCAUCGUGGCUGGACAAAGUGGUGUCCUUCCACUCACCAUCGGCCUCAUUCUAGUAACCACAGGACUGUUCUUUGUUUUCGACUGUCCCUUCCUGGUAAAGCACCUGACUGUGUUCAUUCCUGCCAUUGGAGGAGUGCUGUUUGUGUUCGUGGUCAUCUCUCUCCUUCAGACCAGCUUCACUGACCCUGGCAUCUUGCCCCGGGCCACGCCGGACGAGGCCGCCGAUAUUGAACGGCAGAUUGAUAGCUCUGGCUCUUCUUCCUACCGACCCCCUCCCCGCACCAAGGAGGUGAUGAUCAACCAGCAGGUAGUGAAGCUGAAGUACUGCUUCACCUGCAAGAUGUUCCGACCGCCGCGCACCUCCCACUGCUCCCUCUGUGACAACUGUGUGGAGAGAUUUGACCACCAUUGUCCCUGGGUGGGGAACUGUGUCGGGAAGAGGAACUAUCGUUUCUUCUACACCUUCAUCGUCUCUCUGUCCUUCCUUACAGCCUUCAUUUUUGGCUGCGUGGCCACACAUCUUGCACUGCGGGCUCAAGGAGGGAGAGGCCUGAUGUUUGCUCUUCAAGAGAGUCCGGCAAGUGCUGUGGAGCUGGUGAUUUGCUUCUUUUCAGUUUGGUCCAUUUUGGGCCUCUCAGGCUUCCAUACCUACCUGGUUGCUUCUAACCUGACCACAAAUGAAGAUAUCAAAGGCUCCUGGUCGGGGAAGAGUGGGGCUGAGGACACGGUGAACCCAUACAGCUACAACACCAUCAUUACCAACUGCUGUUCUGUACUCUGUGGGCCCAUGCCUCCCAGUUUGAUUGACAGGCGGGGCUUUGUGCCGGUGGAAGCGUCGUCCCAGACUUCGGCCACGGAGAUGGAGCUGCCCAUGCUGCCUGUUAAGAAGGAGACGAAUGUGGUAGGAGGGCCUGCGCUGUCCCAGCUGCCCCCCCAUGCUUUUCAGUGCGCACAGGGAACGAAAGACCUGUUGGGUUCAGCCUCUCGCUCUCCGUGCCCCACGACGGGGAAACCCCAGCCUGUUGCUGCCGCCGACCCCGCGGUGACCUUUAACCCCGCUCUGAUCUCCGACCCCGCCGCCAUGCCCUCCCUGACCUGCGGUGGGCGUCACCACAGCCACACCACCAGCCCUCCAGACGAACCCCGCCACCACCACCACCACCACAACCGGCAUCACAGGACCCGGUCGAGGCGGGGCCGCGGCAGCAAGCGGCCCGCUCUCCACAUUUCUAACCCGGCUUACAAUGCCAGCCUCAGCCCCCCCUCCUCUCCGGGCCCGAGGCCUAGUCACACGGGAGCGCGGGACCCUAGACGGGACAGCAUUGUUGCGUUGCACUGACGUCUGCGUUCACAGUAUAUAUUAACUGAAUGUACCUGUGCUACACUUCUCAGCUCGGAAGCUCCGCAUGCUGUACUACAGUCUGGUCGGGCUUGCCUGACUCAUGGAGUAUGCCUGUCGGUUGCGUCCUCAGGUCCGGCAAUGUUGAUGUAUAUUUUUUUUGUCCUCAGUUGUCCAAUGUUGGUCGUCACAUGCCCACGUGAGCCGCUUGAACUUGUUUGUAGCCGAUUAGCGUUAUUCGCCUGUUGUUGCCUGCUUGAAUGAUUCUUGCCAAUGUCCUUCUACCUCGGUCAAUAGCUAGCUGUUUUUGCCUACAGGACUGCCUGUUUCUGCACCGUGGCCCGGACACAGACAAUCAUACCACACUAAGAAUCAGUUUUAGCGUUUGUUUUGUCCGUUCCAAUAUUCAAUGGGUCAGUCACUGAGUGCCUGUCUGCCUGCUUUUUAUAAAAAGCCGCGUGGCUCAAUUUCUGGGAGGGAUUAAUUUUAACGGGGGUGGUGUGUAGAGCAAAGGAAUUGGCCUCGUGCAUAAACAAACCGUCAGAUAUAAGUGAAUUGUUUAACUCUCAUUGUUUACCAUGAAAAGCACAAAGAAGAUAUUGGUAUUUUGAGUCGUGAACAUAGCUAAUCUUAAUGUUCUUUGUCUUGACAAAGUCAAGCUGGCACUAUAAAGCCUCAAUAAAGAAAACGUGCCCUGUUAGGAGGGUAAUAUCUGGCCUAGUCAAAAAAAUGUAAUCCUUUAUGCAAGAACUAAAUCCAGUGGAUGACAUUGAGUUUAGUAUGUUCUAGGAAACCCCAUUCAUUAAUACUAGUAUGUAGCAAUGUCUCUGAACGUGAAGAGAUCCCUACAUCGAUAACAGCACCUCUCAUGUGUAACCACAGGCCGAAGGCCAUUUUAGAUGACUAGUAAUCACGUGGACGUAACUGAAGUGAAUUGGCAGACAAGGGCAUCUUGAAAAUCUGAACCUUUUUAUUUUUUGGGGAUUCUUAGCCACUUAUUCAACAAAUAACUGUCAGUACUACAGUAUACCUCAAAUGCCUCGCUCCACACCAGAAUGUUAUUUCUCUUUACUUACUAAGCAUUGUUUCUUGUGUAAACCUCUAAUACUUCUAUAUACUGUAUCCGAGACGUGUUAACCGUGUCGUACAUUGCAUGUGGUUACUUCAAGCCAUGUCCAAAGAGUCCUUCACUAUCAGGCUGUGUUAUUUAGUGAGUGCUAAUGGGUAUUCCUUCACUCACAAACGAUGCAAUGCCUGGAUCAGCCCUGUUCCUUUGGCAAUACUAGACCAAUUAUUCCCCUUUUGGAGCGUUUUCAUUUGCGGGUUUGACAUCUUGUACUCUGUGAUAAAACGUAAGGGAAUACCAAACCAGCUGAACUGAAGGGGGAGAAUUGAGACUGUGUUUUCAGAUCGAGAUUUGUCUAUGCGUGUCCAAGUUUGAAUGAUUUGAUAUGCAAGUUAAAUGUAAAGGUACGUGUUGAUACACUGUAUACGCCUGCAAUACAUGCACAAAAAAUGCGGUGAAUCGACACUGACCCUGAAACGUCACCAAUAUGGAGUCGAAGGCACACAAUGUUCACUAAUCACUUUCACAAACAUCCUAGGUAUACUGUACUAACCAGGUUAUUGUAAGGUUUUUAUUUUUCCCCCUCGAAGAUUUCGGUUUGUUUUUCAAUUGAAUUGU